CGUUCCCCAAUUCAGCCCGCCUCUCAAACCCAAAAGAGUCCCAAAACCCUAGGACCAUCCCGAUCCCCACACGAGUACACGACCCCCCUAGCCAUGGACGACGCCGGCGACGGCGGAGCCACGGCCGUCGGCGCCAAGAAGAAGCCUGCUACGGAGGCCGCCAAGGGGAAGGUGACGGGAAAGGGGAAGGCCAGUUCCAAGGCGUCGCCCGAGGCAGAGAGCAGCCUCAAGCAGAAGUCGCCUGCCGAGUUCUUCGCGGAAAACAAGAACAUCGCUGGCUUUGACAAUCCUGGAAAAUCUUUGUACACUACGUUGCGAGAGCUAGUUGAGAACGCACUUGAUUCAGCCGAGUCAAUCUCUGAGCUCCCUGAUAUAGAGAUUACGAUAGAAGAGAUCACUAAGAGCAAAUUCAACACAAUGAUAGGACUAGUUGACCAAGAGCGUGUUGAUGAAGCGCUCUAUGAUGAUUUUGAAUCUGCUAAGGCUCGUGAGAAACGCCUAGCCAAAGAAGCACGUUUCCGAGAAACGCAAGCUAAGAAUGCUGCUCUGGGGAAGAAAGUUAAGGACGCUCCAGCUGCUCGAGGAAAAGGUCGGGGCGAGGCUUCAUUUUUCAGAGUGACUUGCAAGGAUAAUGGUCGAGGUAUGCCGCAUGAAGAUAUCCCAAAUAUGCUUGGUAGAGUACUAUCGGGCACAAAGUACGGUUUGAGGCAAACACGUGGAAAAUUUGGACUCGGUGCUAAAAUGGCACUUAUAUGGUCAAAGAUGAGUACGGGUCUUCCUAUUGAGAUCAAAUCAUCGAUGAAAGAACAAAAUUAUAUUUCGUUCUGUCGACUUGACAUAGAUAUUCAUAAAAAUGCCCCUCAUGUUCAUGUACAUGAGAAACGGGAGAACAAAGAUCACUGGCAUGGGGCAGAGAUUCAAGUUAUUAUUGAGGGAAAUUGGACAACUCAUCGUUCAAGGAUACUACAUUAUAUGCGACAGAUGGCAGUCAUCACACCAUACGCUCAAUUCCUAUUUAGAUUCCUCUCAGAUGCACCAGAGAAAAAUUUGAUGAUAAAAUUUACACGAAGAACAGAUGUCAUGCCUCCUGUUCCACUUCUAACGAAACAUCAUCCUUCCGCUGUCGACUUACUGCUACUAAAGCGGUUAAUUGCAGACACUACCAAGCAAAACCUGUUGCAGUUCCUGCAACAUGAAUUUGUGAAUAUAAGAAAAGCGCAUGCUGACCGUUUAAUUGGGGAGAUGGGGUCUGGUUUUAGUGCAGAAACAACAGUCAAGAGCCUGACAUCACAACAAUUAGUUAGAAUACAGCAGUUAUUUCGGGAGGUUAAAUUUGAUGAUCCCAGUGGCAAUUGUCUUAGUCCUGCAGGUGAAUACAAUUUACGUCUAGGUAUCAUAAAAGAGCUUCACCCUGAUCUUGUGGCAACACAUGCAAGCAGCCCUCAGGUUUUUGAAGGGCAUCCAUUCAUUGUUGAAGCUGGAGUAAGCAUUGGUGGAAAAGACGUCAAACAAGGUCUAAAUAUUUUUAGGUUUGCAAACCGCAUACCACUUCUUUUUGAACAAGGUGCUGAUGUCAUCACAAGAACUGCUCUAAAAAGGAUCAAUUGGAGCAGCUACAAAAUUAAUCAGCAGCAGGACAAGAUCGGCGUCUUUGUGAGCAUUGUCAGUACAAAGAUACCUUUUAAAGGAACGGGUAAAGAAUAUAUUGGAGAUGAUAUAACCGAGAUAGCAUCUGCUGUUAAGUCAGCCCUUAAGCAGUGCUGUCUCCAACUGAAGUCAAAGAUAGUGAAGAGGCUUCAAGCUCGUGAAAGGCAAGACAGGAAAAGGAACUUGAACAAAUACAUUCCUGAUGUUGCAAGGGCAAUUAUGGAGACUCUGGGAGAGAUUGCAGAUGAGUCUCCCCCCAAGAGGCCCCGGUAUGACAAGGAAGAUGAGGAACUUCUUGAGAAAGUAAAUUCGGAGGAGGUGACAGAAAUGACUUUUAGAGACUGCUUAACUCAGCAUGUUGAACAGGUUGACUAUGAAAUGGCACUGGAGUAUGCCAUGCAAAGUGGUGUAAGCGAAGGGCCUCGAGAAGCAAUCUACCUUAACUCUCUUGAAGGAUCUUACAAAUCCGUUGAUUUCCAGAGCCCCACUUUUGUGUUUAGGUUCAUCCCAUGAGAAGGGACACCAAUCCACACUUCGGUCUGUUCACAAGCUGAUUGACAGUGUUGCAUUUGCCGAUGAGCAAUGUGUAAAACCCACCUUAGAAGCUGCGUUGUUGUGACUUUAUGAUGUUAUAGAAACUGCUGAAUUGUUUCUUGUCCUGGUCGCAAUGCCUCUGCUAUCUACACCCCAUUGUACCUGAGGUGUCAUCGACUGCUAGUCGUGCUGAUCAUGUGUCAAGUUGCUACGCAAAUGGAGACCAUGGCACUCAUUCAGGCUAUCUAUCUAGCACAGCAGCAGAGUGUUGUCCGUAUUAUCUUUGCUACCGACUACAGCAAGCUGAAACGGGCAAUGUAAUCUCCUAACUACGAUCAGGCGGAUUUAACCAUUUAGGUAUCCUGUCUUGUCAUGAGAAUUUUUUCUCGUUGACAACUUCUAUCGAGUCUCAUGUAUUAUCAAGGACGUACUCCCUCCGAUCAAUAAAUGUCCAUAACAUAUCUGAUCAUGUUUUAGCAUCAUUGGAUGCUGGAAA